AUGUCCCGGCGCGUCCAACCUUGGCACAUGCAGCUUCUGGCUGCUUCCGUCCUGAUUAGCUCCCUCCCGUUGGUCUGUACUGACCCCACCACUCGCAGUGGUGGGGACAGCCUUGCGUCGUCUGCUCGCACCGCACGCAGCGACUGGCGCGAUGGAUCACACACUGGGGCUGGGACGCAGAGCCGUGGCCAAAUAUCCGUCGGACAGCUGGGUGUCGUCCCGACAGAGAGCGAGAUGCAAGCAUUGGAGAUAACGGUUCGAAAUGAGCUCUUGCAGGACAAGAUGCAGCCCAACUUUUGGUCCUGUCCCGAGUUUAUGAACGAAUACCGCUGGAAACCCUUUGUGGCACCAGUUCUUCACAACGGGCUCGGUAAUCUUCUCUUUGCUAUUGCUGGCGCCUGCAGCUUUGCUCACCAGUUGAACUUGCCCUGCAUCGUCGGCUACUGGCGCAUUGAUCGGUCGACCAAGGAUCCCCGCGCGUUUGAACCCUGGGGCGGACACCCACCUCCGUUCGGCCCGCACAUUCAGCUUGGACACGUCUUUCCCGCUCUUCAAUGGCUUUCCUGUCAUCCCCGCCCUCCGGUGGGCACCAAUGUUCUUCCUGACCUGGUGCUGGAAGGUGCCUUUGAAAACUAUGUGAACCAAGGCGAGCCCCUUCUCAUACACUCGUGGUUUUUCACAACUCGGUGGUGGAAUCACUCGCUCAUUACCCAGCUGCUGCAACCGCAUGCCGCCGUGAUCCGAGGCGCGCGCCAAGCCUAUUUUCGCUACCUGCACUCAAUGUGUGGUGACCAGUGUGCUCUCUUUGAGACUGUCUCAGUUCACAUGCGUAUUGGCUACGCCAACGAAACCGAUCCAGAUGCUCUCGCGCAACGGCGCUUGCCCCCGAGCGCGUUUUAUCGGCAUGUGUUCAAGCAGCGUUUCUCCCGCCGCACCACCAUCUACCUGGUCUUCUCCGACAACCCGCAGGAGGCAACAUGGCGCCUUCGAGCCUUCCGAGGCAUCAAAUUUCGUGUGGUUGACGCCAACGCCAUCACCUCACUUGUUCUCAUGACCAUGUGCCAUCAUCACGUCCUGACGACAUCUACCCUCAGUUUUUGGGGCGCCUUCCUACCAUGCCCUGACUGCGUGAACACCCAAGACCCCCCACCCUUCCCACGCGCCCGGCCGCCUGCAACCAUCAUUUACCAUGGAUCCUUUGAACAGACCCAUGGUCCCACCCUGGUUGCCGCGAUGGAUGGCUGGGGCUGGAUCAAAAUUACCAAUCCCCAGCUGCGCUCCGAGCUAGGGUUGACUGAGCAGCAGCGGAAGAACAUUGCAGAUAUUCAAGCUCGGCGCCGACAAACCACCGUGAUUCCAUCCGUGUAG